AUGGGUCCAGCGCAUGCGCAACACCUAAAAAAAAGAGGUUCCAGCAGGCUCACUUUCGCCUCAAACGAUUUAUUGUCAUAUUUAAUCAUAGCCUUCAAGAGAGACGGCUUUCUUUCUCUGACACAAGAACAAAAAACAAAAAAUAAAUAAAACAAAACAGAACCUCCCUUUGGGUCCCUCUGGAUGACAUCACGGAGGGGAGCGGCACCCUCUCAACACGCACACUACUCUCUUUGAACCAGUUGCCGAUCCCUGGGAUCCACAAACCACCGGUGGCGCCAUUUCUCCGCAAGAUUCCCAAAGUGUCCAAACGGCGUGCCGUUCGCAAAGCCACGAAGUGAACGUAAACGAGCAAUUCACGGCGUUUGCGCAUCUCCCCGCGGAAGGGGAAUGGCAAGUUAGUGCGCUACGUUUCGCUGGGAAACGUCUCAGGGGAUGUCGGGAAGAAAGGCUGCCUCCGGUUAGUCCGUGCCAGGAUCCGGGAGUCGUCCGUCCGUCCGGCUGGUGGCACCCACACGCCACUGAACUGCACCGUGAAACCCCGGGGAAAGAACUCGUCCUGGUUGUGGGUAAAAAAUAUUCUACCUCCACCAUCAGCGGGAACCAUCACGCCGAGCUCUGGCGAAAGGGAAUGGGAAAUGAUCCGCGGUGCUCGGUGAGGAGCCGCAGCAGCAGCCGUGUUGCAGAUCGGAGCGAGCUGUCAGCGCCGACUCCGGGCGCUCUCCCCGCGACGGCCGCGUAAUUCGAUUCGGCCGCCGGAUGGUAUGUGUGGGCUCUGCCUGACAGGCGGCUGAGUACCGACGAGGCUCCGGGGCUUUGGCGUGUUUGCGGGGAGAGGGGAGGGGAGAGGGAGAGGGGAGUCCAUUCAUGUGGCGGUUGUUGCCAUGACGUCUGCAUGGUUAUUUCACACCAAACGCUGAGACAUUUCGCAAUCCAUCCGCCGCCACCGGUGAUCCGGCGUCGGGAAGAGGACGACUGUCGGAGGCGAGGCGGGGAGACAUGGGAGAGAGAGCGGCACCGAUGCAGUGGGUCUCGGCUAGGCAUCGUCAAAACACAGGGCAGUGAUGCCUGGGAUGGUGAUGUUUCGGCGGCGCUGGUCAGUUGGCAGUGAUGACCUCGUGCUGCCCGCCCUCUUCCUUUUUUUAUUGCACUGCAUCUGGUUGGUGGUUCUGUCCGUGGUUCUCUUCGGCCUUGGCUACGGCUCUGAGCUGUCGUGCUCCAUCACGCUGGUGGACCAUGGCCGAGGGUACUUGGGCAUCCUUGUCAGCUGCCUAAUAUGUGAGAGCGCCAUCAUGUGGUUGAGCAUGAGGGGCAGCAUUUUGUACACGCAGCCCAGGGAAGCGGUGCAGUAUGUGAUCUACAUCAGACUAGCUAUUCUACUAGUUGAGCUAGUGUAUGCUGUCGUAGGCAUCGCCUGGCUUGUCCAGUAUUACCAGCCGUGCUCCGAUGUCACCGCAAAGAACUUGGCUUUGGGAAUCGUUGCGUGUAAUUGGCUGGUGAUACUCAGCGUUUGCAUUACCCUCAUGUGCACCUUCGAUCCUACGGGUCGGACGUUUGUCAAACUCAAAGCAACCCGUCGGCGCCAGCGGAACCUAACUACAUACACUCUCAGACACAGGCUAGAAGAAGGCCAGGCCAGCAGCUGGAGCAGAAGACUGAAGUUCUUCAUGUGCUGCACAAGAGCCCAGGAUACACAAUCGGAUGCCUAUUCGGAAGUGGCCAGCCUGUUUGCAGAAUUCUUCAGAGAUCUGGACAUCGUGCCAAGUGAUAUCAUCGCUGGACUAGUGCUUCUCCGCCAGACACAGAGGUCAAAAAGAUCCAACGUCCUGGGCCAGGCCAACAAUGACAUUAUAGCGUUCUUGUCGGGAAUACCAGUUACUCGUAGUACCAGAUACCUGGACCUCAAGAACUCUACGGAGAUGAACAUGUACAAGGAGGUGUGUUAUUACAUGCUCUUUGCCCUGGCUGCAUACGGUUGGCCCAUGUACCUGAUGAGGAAGCCUGGCUGUGGACUGUGCCGCCUCGCCAGCUCCUGCCCCUGCACGUCGGUGUCUGGCUCGCGCUUGUCUCAGUCGGUGACUGUGGAAGAGGACAACUGCUGCGGCUGCAACGUCCUUGCCAUACGCAGACACUUCCUAGAUAGGGAUCUGAAGCAGGUUCACAUUGUCUACACGUCCUGCCAUGACGCUGUUUACGAGACGCCGUUCUUCGUGGCGGUGGACCACGCAAAGAAGAAGGUCGUCAUCAGUAUCAGGGGAACUCUUUCGCCAAAGGACGCCUUGACGGAUCUGACGGGGGACUCUGAGCGUUUGCCCGUGGAGGGGCAGCACGGCACCUGGCUUGGCCACAAGGGAAUGGUUUACUCAGCAGAAUACAUUAAGAAGAAACUGGAGCAGGAAAUGAUCCUGUCGCAAGCCUUUGGAAGAGACUUAAACAAGGGCACCAUGCAUUAUGGGCUGGUGAUAGUCGGCCACUCUCUUGGUGCAGGCACUGCUGCUAUUCUCUCCUUCCUGCUCAGACCUCAGUACCCCACACUCCACUGCUACUCUUAUUCUCCCCCUGGUGGCCUUCUAAGCGAGGACGCCAUGGAGUACUCCAAGGAGUUUGUCACAUCUGUGGUGUUAGGAAAAGACCUCGUACCCAGGCUCGGCCUGUCCCAGCUGGAGGGCUUCAGACGGCACCUUCUGGAGGUCUUGCAGAAAAGUAACAAGCCAAAGUGGAGGAUCAUUGUGGGAGGUACCAAAUGCAUCCCCAAAUCAGAGCUUCCAGUAGAGGAUGACGAUCCUCCGUCUCAGCCUGCGGCGCCCCCCAGCAACCGCCUAUGGCUACACGCCAGUGACCUCAGCAUCGCCCCGUCAGCCUCCACGCCUCUCUACCCUCCUGGCAGGAUCAUCCAUGUGGUGCACAACCAUCCGCCAGAGUCGUGCUGCGGCCAGGAAGAGCCCACCUACUCGGCUCUUUGGGGAGACAACAAGGGGUUCAACGAGGUCAUCAUAUCGCCCGCCAUGCUGAACGAGCACAUGCCCCAUAUGGUGAUGACCGGCCUCAACAAGGUGCUGGAGAACUACAAUAAAGGAAAAACAGCUUUGUUGUCAGCAGCCAAGAUCAUGGUGAGCCCCACAGAAGUAGACCUGAACCCUGAGAGCAUGUUCAUGGAUGCAGCUUCUCAGGAGCCGACGCCCACAACGACCCACCACCGCAGGAACAGCAGUGUUCGAGAAAAACCUUUGCUACGUUCGUGUGCCCAGUCUGAGAUAUCUCUGGAUGGUUUCUCUGAGUGCCCUCCUCCCCCAGUUCCUGUAGUGCUGCGCGGAGCUCGUGAGCGCCUCACGGUGGAGCUGAGGGACCGCAAGGCGCCACUGGCUGUCAUGGAGAGUCUCUCAGAUGCAGAGUCCCUCUACAGUCUGGACUCCCGGCGCUCCUCGGCGGCCUUCAGGGGGUCGCCGAUGCUGGGUAGUCUACCGUUCCCUUUGGAUGCCCCAAUACCCGAGGAGAACCCAUCUCUCAGCUCUCGAACCGAAUUGUUGGCUGCGGACUGCCUUUGCCAGGCGACGCCAGAGCACCUAGGUGAAAUCGGACCCUUCUAUACCCCAAACAAAUCCAGGUCCACUCCGGAUUACCCUAUGAGGCUUUCUCCUGCCACACCUCACUACAGCGGACCCCAUUCCCCAGCUCUUUUAAAUCAGUGUGUUCUGCCUUUCAAGCACGAGUCUAAUGCAGCCCCGACGAUGGCUAACGAUGGCGAUCAGAUGCCGGGUGUCUACAGCCCAGGGAGCACUCCAAACACUCCUCUAAGCCCACAGGUUGGCUCUAGACUACCGGAUGGCGAAAAAGAGGACUUGGUGCUGGGGACAACCGAGAAACCGUUAAGUGAGGAAACCAGUAUGGCAGCUUGUACUGCUCCACCUGUGCUUACGAAUGGAAACCCCAGUCAGGCUGUGCUAGAGUUCGCCCAGUACUUAGACUCUCUCUUCAGACUGGACGGCAGCAGCUCACCGCCCCUGGACCUGUCUGAUGGGGAAUCGGAGUCGGGCAGGGGCUCCUUUGGGCAGGGUGAGUGUCUCGGAGACGGACAGCAGCUGGAUGAUGCACAACUGCUGGCCAGAGCAACACUGGAGCCGAACCUUGUUCCCAAGCCUCCACGCACUUUUGCUGGGUCUGCUGACCCCUCUUCAGGCAUAUCAUUGUCCCCAUCCUUUCCUCUCUCGUCCUCAGAAGAGCUCAACGACCUUUCGCCGAGCGAGGGUGCCCCGCCAGCCAUGCACUCCCUACGAACAUCCAGCCCCUGCCACUGCCCUGAAGAGAAUACGUUGUCAUCCAUGGUUUAGUAGGUUCUGAGGGCUCUGGUGUCGAGCAGUCCGGUGAUUCAAACCUUUCAAACAUAUCACAACACACGCAUGGAGUGGAACGCCGUCGCUCGUCCGAGGUCUAGGGACAGGACUUAACGGACCAACACGCACACUAAAUCCAUCCUUCAGGUGUACCGUUUCAACUCAAAACAUGUUCACAGUAUUGCAAAGACAAAAAAAAUACAUAAAUAGAAGAUACCUCUCUCUGCAUGCCAGGGGGCUGUGCUGCUUCACAACUGUAGCUUCACAAUGCCGAUCCAGAACAAUGUUGUCUGACCCGCAUGGGGACGUUUCUAUAUUUCAUCCGGUUCCCGAUUUAGCAAAUGCAACGAGAGAAAUCGUUAACUGAGCAGGAGAUCAGAAACUAAUGCUGUAGAAACGGUUAGCAAAGGCACAUCAUCUGGUUUUGGUGUACCGGACCUCUUCCUGCAUCCUCAGCAGUUCUGAAAACUUGUACAGCUCUGAUUUUAUUUGAUCAUUUUUGUUGUUGUUUUAUUUUUUUAAAAUCCAGAAUGUGAAGAUGGGAUAUUUGUUUAUAAACAGAAGUGAGAAAACAAUAAGAAACGUUCCUCAGGUCUACAGAGAACUGACUUGGAGAAAGAGAGUGCGUCAUGUUGGUGAGAAUACAUGUGUCUUAUACAUUAAGUGAUUGUGACAAAGUUAUUACAGAUGCCUAUGGAUGUUUUUGGAGUCUUUUGGUUACACUUUAUAAUGCAUGACAACUUUUUUUUUUUUUAUUAAGUUAUUCCGAAGGAGAACUUGUCACUAAGCCACCUGGAUUGACCUUUUGUUACUCUUGCACACAUAUAGCUCAGUUUACCCCCUUUUGCCAAAAGAAAGAGGAAAAAAAAAUACUACAUUGUCUUGCCAAAUGUAUUUAUGAGAUGUAAUUUUCUAUAUAUGUAAAUGUAUAUUACUUUAUUUAAACACAGGCUCAGUUCAGUAUUUCCUUUCUAGUUACUCUAUCAGUUGCCAUCUAGACUGUUACAGGACAACACCACGGAGACGACGUCAUCCUGACAUCAAAACGCCGCCAUACCUGUCAUGUAUAAAAAAACAAAAACAAAACCUCUGCACGUUGGGUUCGAACGCAUAACAAAUUUGCUAAGUGUCUUUUUAAAAUGACUGUAUAAUUUUCUCUAGAAAUCUCUUAGCAAUGUGCCCAGGUCACUCUUUUGCAUGCUUUAUGCAUCUCAACGUAGCAUGGCUUGUGUAGGAACAAGUCUCGUCAUCAAGUCACAGUAAACAUGCUCUGAACUUGUCCAGAAAUAAUCGCAGCGCAUCAGUCAUCGCUGACGCAAGCCAAUGAGAGGUUAAGGUAUCAGGACGUCGUUUUGUGUCCCCACUCCGGAGGUGCUUUCGGUUCUGGAGGUCAAAACUUCCCUUUAAUGCGGUUUCGUCGUCCUUAGAGUUGGACGCCAUUCAGUGGUCCAUAUCACUUCGGCUGUGGCAAGUUGCUCAUGUUCUGCAUCCUUUAGUACAGUAAACGUUUUCACUUUUAACGCUAUAUUUGAUGGUUUUAUUAUCCUGCUGCUGAUUGGUUUGAUGUCUGUGUUUUCUUAUCUCAGUUUUUAGGACAGUGUGGGGAAACUCAUCCCAAAUGCAAGAAGUUAUCUAUAAUUAAGCCUUUUCCCCUCCUCCCUGUUUGUCUGAGAGGUGUGUAACAUUCUGCCAUGGCAUGCUGAUGUUUUUUUUUUUGUUUUUUCUUUCUUUUUGUCUUCAUGAAUUCCUCAAGUGACGAAGCCUGCUGCAGAGGGACAUUUGGUGCUAUGCCACUACCAAGUCCGAGUUUUCGCUAACUAUUUGCACAGCUUCUGUACUGGGAAUAAGAUCUGCUGUGGUUACAGACUAGUAGACACACUAACAUUGGACUAGACGGUUCCUAUUUGCAGUAGCUUUGCUUGCAGUCGUUCAUACACUAAACUCUGGCAAUAGAAAGUUUCAUUUCCCCCCUCCCAUUGUGAUGUGUACAGCACUGUCCUUUACGUGUACUUAUUUAUGCAGAUGUCUGUAAGAUGAAUUCCAAUAGAGUCGUGUAGAGAACAACUAUAUAACGAUAAGACUACCUGAAAAGAUCAGUACCUGACAUGUAGAAGAAAAAGAAGCUAUUUAUUCAAGCUAUUGGGCAGAUUUACAAAUUCCUCUAUAUUGAAAAAGAAAUAAUUCAGCUGUGUCUUGUCCAUGUUUACCUGGUUUGCAUCCCUUCCUCUCCUGCCCCACGAUGAGAAUGUAUUUAAUCCCUUUCCCUCACUGCCCUGCCUGUAAUGGAAUAAACUACAAACUAUGGGAGAAAACCA